AUGCCUAGACAAAAGCGCGCCUUGUCCAGGGUAGAGCCCAAUACUAAAUCCAACAUUCCCAACCCCCAAGAAGCACCUAGUGCAAAAAGACAAGCUACUGUUACUAGAGGAACAGAGGAAACCAGCUCUUCGAACGACACCGCAUCCAAUGCGCCGUCUAGCGAAAGCAACGAAAUCAAUGCCGCGGUACCAAGAUUCAUUGCUGUACCUCGACCGAAUUGGGACAUUGAUGCAGAGGCACGAGAUGAUGAAGACGAGGAAUCGGAAUCAAACGAUGGAGACGACGCCGAGGCGCCUGACACACUACGUAACCAAGCCAAGAACGUACCUGAUGUCGACUCCCCUGAAUGGCCCUGGAUUAUGUCUUCGUCAGCUUUAGAUCAGUAUAAUGCGCUGGAGAAACAAGCCGAAAAUCGCGAUCAGGAUCUACAGCAGGUUUACGUGUACAACGAUUUCACGGCGUACGGUAUCAAUGAGGUGCUUGAUAAUUGGCUCAAAGACUUCAAUAAAGAGGUGUCGCGAAGAGUAAAGUCCCCAUAUGCCGUAUGGGCCCGACUUGAGGCUCUCUCGUGGUUCUUGCAGCUUGAUUUUAUCCAGAUCUGGUUUCAUGGCGAUGACUGCCACGGAUUUGCUGAAACGAUUGCCCUUAUCGGCAAAGCUCUUUUGACGGGAGUUACUAUCUUGAAGACCAACCAGCUGUUCACGCCCUAUCGCCCCGAGGCAGGCGGUAGUGGAAUUAGAAAUAUUUCUACUGUUUUAGCUUUGUUCGUUCAGUUUGCCAGAACGUGGACCUCGAUAGGCGGCGACCAUUACGGAGAGACAAAGUGGGUGUCGAAAGUUGGGAAGGUGGCCAAGGAAAACGGCAUUGAUAUCAAGGGCCCUUACAACUUCCACCAAAUAGCGGAGGCGAUGCUUAAGCCUGAGCCCCCGCGGGAGGAGGGCAAACCAAAACCAAAGAAGCAGGUAAUCCGGUUUUCCGAUGGUACAUUUGGUAUCCCUUAUGUUGUGGAGAUUGAUUCCGACGAGGAUGAGAUGGCAAUUAGAGAUAGUGGCGAUUACUCCGUCGCAGGAUGGAAAGCAGCAUUCAAGGACUACUCCAAAAAACACGGCAAAGGUGUGAACAGCACAAUUGGUGGCUCAUCAUACGAUAUCACCAGGUUUACCAAGGCUGAGAAGAAGAAGUACGGUCUGGAUUCUGAGGCUCGAAUCGAAUUCUAA